ACGUUUUUAUUUGCUUCGUCACGAGUUUCUCUUACACUCUCUCUCUCGCCCGUUUCAUACUCAAUAACACAUCCUUUUAUAACGUUCUUCUCUGUUUCUCUCUUUAGUCUUCGUCUUCUCAUAAUUCUCAGGUGCACUAAAACUGAUCAAGACUCAUCAUCUUCAUCAAUCAUCAUCAUCAUCACAAAUCUUCUUCAUAGCAAUGAUCUAUCGUUGUUGCUAGUUGCUGAUUCUUUUUAUUGUGGGAGUUUAUAUGUUGCUUUGGUCUCAAGUCUUGAAACCAGAGCAAGUCUGAAGUCUUUUCAAUGCUAAAUUCUUCUGGAGUAAGACCUCAACGAAGAAACUCAAGACCUUUGUCUCUUGGAGAAAUGGAUUGCUUAGAACCUAAAACAAAGAACAAUCUCACUGGGAAGCUUCUCUUAAUAGCUUCACUCCUAAUCUUAGCUAUUAUUGUGAUCAGUCAAUCAUCAAGUUUCACAUCUCCAAGCGUGUUUUCUAUAAGAGAGGAAGGAGUAACUCAUGUGUUAGUCACUGGUGGUGCUGGUUAUAUCGGGUCACAUGCCGCUUUAAGGCUGCUUAGAGAUUCAUACCGCGUAACCAUUGUGGACAAUCUUUCGCGUGGGAAUCUCGGUGCUGUUAAGACUUUACAGCGAUUAUUCCCGCAAACCGGAAGACUUCAAUUCAUUUAUGCUGACUUAGGAGAUCCCGCAGCGGUCGAGAAAAUCUUCUCGGAGAACGCUUUUGACGCUGUGAUGCAUUUUGCUGCGGUAGCUUAUGUUGGAGAAAGUACUCUUUAUCCUCUAAAAUACUACCAUAACAUUACAUCAAACACAUUAGGUGUUCUUGAAGCUAUGGCUAGACAUAAAGUGAAGAAACUAAUUUAUUCUAGCACUUGUGCUACAUAUGGAGAGCCUGAUAAAAUGCCAAUUACUGAAGAUACUCCACAAGUCCCGAUUAAUCCAUACGGAAAAGCUAAAAAGAUGGCUGAGGAUAUGAUCUUGGAUUUCUCUAAGAACUCUGAUAUGGCGGUUAUGAUCUUAAGAUACUUCAAUGUGAUUGGUUCAGAUCCAGGAGGUAGAUUAGGAGAAGCUCCAAGACCCGAGCUUCGCGAGCAAGGACGGAUUUCUGGUGCUUGUUUUGAUGCAGCUCGCGGUUUCAUCCCCGGACUUCAAGUGAAAGGAACAGAUUACAAAACAUCAGAUGGUACUUGCAUUAGAGACUAUAUUGAUGUUACUGACCUCGUGGAUGCUCACGUGAAGGCUCUCGAGAAAGCUCAGCCUCGAAAAGUCGGUAUCUACAAUGUUGGAACCGGAAAAGGACGAUCGGUUAAAGAAUUCGUCGAGGCGUGUAAGAAAGCGACAGGAGUUGAGAUCAAAGUAGAUUUCUUGCCUCGACGACCGGGAGAUUACGCAGAGGUUUAUAGUGAUCCGACAAAGAUUUUGAAAGAUUUGAACUGGACAGCUCGAUUCACUAAUCUUCAAGAUAGUCUUCAAGUUGCUUGGAGGUGGCAAAAGAUUCAUCCUCAUGGAUAUGAUUCUUACUAAAAACAGAGCAAAAAUAUAUAUAAAAAGAGAGCUUUUUUCUUGGUUUUCAA